GGGCCGGAAAGCAGAGGUCGCAGCGGCAUAACGUGGACCAGACAGCAAUGGGGAAAAUCGCGCUGCAGCUCAAAGCCACGCUGGAGAACGUCACCAACCUUCGGCCAGUGGGUGAGGACUUCCGGUGGUAUCUGAAGAUGAAAUGUGGUAACUGCGGUGAGAUUUCAGAGAAGUGGCAGUACAUCCGACUGAUGGACAGUGUGGCGUUGAAAGGUGGCCGUGGCAGUGCCUCCAUGGUCCAGAAGUGCAAACUGUGUGCACGGGAAAACUCCAUUGAAAUUUUGAGCAGCACCAUCAAGUCUUACAACGCUGAAGAUAAUGAGAAGUUCAAGACAAUAGUAGAGUUUGAGUGUCGUGGCCUUGAACCAAUUGACUUCCAGCCCCAGGCCGGGUUUGCUGCUGAAGGUGUGGAGUCAGGGACAGUCUUCAGUGACAUCAAUCUGCAAGAGAAGGACUGGACAGACUAUGACGAGAAGGCUCAGGAGUCUGUGGGGAUCUUCGAGGUCACCCAUCAGUUUGUGAAGUGCUGAAUUAUGUUCCUACAAACUUGCCCGGAAGAACUGAGAGGAGAAAAGGGCCCUGAGCAGCAAAUCCCACGGAGGCUUCUCAUCGCAAUCUCCUAGCACCUGUACCAGCCCUCAGUCUGCAUGCUGGGGUUUGUCACGGUUCUGAGUCCCACCAAUAAAGCCCCACUGGUGUG